AUGUCGGAGGUGCCGAGGAUGUGGCUGAUACUGAGCUCGGGCGCGCCCGACGACGGCGUCUUGGAGCCCGCGUUGGCCGCCGCGGCCGCCGCCGCCGCCGCCACCGCCCCGGUGCCCGUGCUGCCCGUGCCGGGCUCCGUCUUGAUCUUGCCCAGGGCGGCCUUGGAGUCGCGCGCCGUCGCGUCGCCCACCACCAGGAUCGCCUGCGGAAGUAUGGCGUGCCUCAUCCCUGACCCGCCCCACUCCAUACAACAAAACAUGUCGCUGGUUGCAGUCAUGCAUACUGCAAGAACUGGGGCAUCAUUGUCUAAAAAACGCAUAAGAAGUGGCUGGAACACCGGCAAACCAGUGGGUGCUCCAGCUGCAGAGGAAACUGAAUCUUUCUCAUCUGCUCCAUCAGCAUCACCAGAUAUGCUGUGCCAGGCAACAGAGGGCUCUGAGGAGAGGCAGCAGGGAGCAUGCAGCUGGGUGACGGCACAGCACCAGACCCAACGGCACCAGCAGCUGCAGCAGCAGCCGCUCCUUCUUGCGCAACCUGGCACAACUGAGCCAAUUUGCGAGCACACAAGUAUGCCAACUUCCGUGCCAGCAAUUCAGACUGCACAAAUUCAUCAAGAUACUGCAGAGCCAGAGGCAGCAACAGACGCAGAAUUCCAUCAUCAGCUGGAGCAGAUCGCAUUCGGUCCAACUGCUCAAGUACCCAUUGUAGGAACUCUUGCCGUUCCAGCAACCCUUCCUGGACAUCAUAAAGGAAAUGAUCGUGAACAUAAAGUAGGACUGGAACUUAAUUCCCAGUCAAAUUCAGGGUGUUUGCACUUCAUUUGUGAAUUGAGGUUAGCAAAUCAUUAUCAACUUUUGUUGGACAUUAUGUCGGCUGAGGAAGACAAGAAUGAAGGAUCACUUAUUGUGGCAGGACGUGAUCUAUCACGAAUUCCUUGCUUCCGGAAGACAUUUUUGACCAGCAUUUCUAGUGGAAUUGGUGCUGGACUGCUUUAUUUUCUGUUUACUAGUAGGGUCCAAAUGGCAACACACAGAAAAGAAUCUCAGGAUAGUUCACAGGCCCCUCUACGGAGCCCCAUCCCGGAUCUUGUUUUAAGCACAAGUACACAGCGAGAGGAAUUACCGACAGCAGGGUCCGAGACCCUGCUGGAGAGAGGCCGGCCGAGCCAGGCCGGCCCGACUGCGCGAUGGGGGCCGGGCCGGCCUGCAAGAGGCCCGUUGCGGCCUGGUGGGCCUGACAAGCAGGCCUUCAGGGUCCCGGUGCUGAGCACGCCGACAGGAGAGCUCCUAGGAAUGAUCUGA